AUGUCUGUGAUUCUCUAUGGAGCCCCUAUUUGGGCUGAUUUGAGCCCAGACGGUGGCGGGGGAUCGCGGCAUCCUGAGAAGAGUUACUCGUUUGCAGCGACUGGCGUUGAAGCAAAAGAAAACGAUUAUGAAACAAUGAUCAAUUCGAUAGAUAAUACGUUUGAAUUGUUAAAUCGAGCAAUCGCCGAGUUGGAGUGGCAAACUCUUGCAAAUUACUCGACCGUACCAUCAGAAAUGUAUGUACAAUUUGUUCGAUUAAAACAAAACUUAAAGAAUAAAUGGUGUGCAGAAUUGAUGGAUUUUGAAAAUCAUGGCGUAUCUGUAAACGAAAAAUUGUUACGCUUUUUGUGCAAAGGACCAAAAUAUACGGAUAAUACAAUAAGAAAACUUACUGUUAUCAAUGAAUUAUUGUCAUCCGCAUAUAACUUUGCACAGAUUUGUAAAGUUGAAAAUUAUAUACGAAAAUGUUACGACGGUAAAUUAAACAUCGAGAAGUUAAUGGCAACUUCAAGAAACGAGAAAGAUUUACGUUGGGCUUGGACUGCUUGGAGAAAUCAUAAGAGUCGCACGAAAGAAUUUUUUACACAGUUAGUCAAUCUUCAAAAUGCUGCUGCACGAAAAAAUGGCUACGCUGACUUUGGAGAAUAUUGGAGAGAGGAAUACGAAAUUCUAGAUUUAGAAAACGUUUUUGAAGAAAUGUAUCGACAAGUCAAGCCACUCUAUCGCCUUCUUCAUGCUGUCGUACGAUUCAGACUCGCGAAAUUAUAUCCUGAUAUUGUUGAUAUGUUUCAACCAAUUCCAGCUCAUUUAUUAGGCAACUUAUGGUCGCAGAAUUGGGAAGCAUUGAUCGAUAUAGUAUUUCCAAAUUACACUGGCAUGCUAAAUCUAACGGACUCAAUGAUACAAGAAAAUUACAACGUAAUAAAAAUGGUUAAAACUGCGGAAGAUUUUUAUGUAUCUCUUGGAUUUCCGCCGUUACCGUCAAAAUUCUGGAAAAACUCUAUCUUUGAAAAAGAAACUGGCAAGAGAUCUGGCUGCCAUGCAACUGCAGUUAACAUGUACAAGAAAGAUGACUUCAGAAUGUUUGCGUGUUUAGAAAUACAACCGCAAGAUUUCAACAUUAUUUAUCAUGAGAUUGGUCACAUACAGUAUUACAUGGCCUAUCAAAAUCAGUCGUCAUUUUUUAAGAAUGGAAUCAACAGUGCUUUUCACGAGUCAAUAGGCGAUGCCAUUUCAUAUGGUACAGCUUCUUUUGGACACAUGCAUCGUCUGGGAUUAAUACGUAAUGCGUUCGCGUCAUCCGAUAAUUCGUCUGAAGUAAAUUCGUAUACUCAAGCUUCAUUAGAAAUAGCUCUUCUUCUAAGGCAAGCUUUACUUAAAAUACCACAAUUGUCCCAUGGACUAAUAAUAGAGAAAUGGAGAUGGUCUGUCUUUUCCGGCAAGAUAAAAUCCUCGAAAUACAACACAUUCUGGUGGUAUUUGCAUCGUCGAUACAUGGGCGUUGUGCCGCCGUCACCGAGAUCUGAGAAGUUCUUCGAUCCUGCGGCGAAAUUUCACAUUGUCCAUAAUAUACCUUAUGCUGGGUAUUACCUAGGAAACUUUCUGCAAGUUCAGUUAUUUCAAGGAAUGUGCGAGGCAUCCUUGAAUGUACCCGUUGGUUCAAAGGCAUUUAACUUACCUCUUCACAAAUGCGACAUUUAUGGUUCAAAGAAUGCGGGAAAGUUCUUAAGGUCGAUCAUGAAACUCGGAAGUAAAGUAAAUUGGAGACACGCGCUGCGUUUUACAACAGGAUACUCCGAGUAUCGCGUGGAGCCGUUUUUAUUUUACUUCGAACCAAUCCGUGAGUGGCUGCAACAUGAAAUUAAUCGUCACAGGAUUCCAGUUGGCUGGGAUUAAAAUGAAUCGAGUAGC